AGCAGGGCGCCAAAGGUCCAGCCGUUCCUGCCGGUGUGGCUGGCUGAACCGAGCUGCGUUGGAAAGAACAUCAUGGAAGGCCUGGUGCCUAUCGAGGACAUCCCUGAAGUGCACCCGGACCUGCAGAAGAAGCUGCGGGCACAGGGCAUCUCGUCCUACUUUCCAGUCCAGGCAGCGGUGAUCCCCGCGCUCCUGGAGAGCGCAGCCGGCGGGUUCCUGGUGAGCAGAGGCGGCUACCGGCCCAGCGACCUCUGUGUUUCCGCCCCUACGGGCAGCGGGAAGACCCUGGCCUUUGUCAUCCCUGUGGUGCAGGCCCUGCUGCCCCGAGCCGUGUGCCGGGUCCGCGCCCUGGCCGUGCUGCCAACCAAGGAGCUGGCCCAGCAGGUGAGCAAAGUGUUCAACGUCUACACAGACGCCACCUCCCUGCGGGUCGCCCUGGUCACUGGGCAGAAGUCGCUGGCCAAGGAGCAGGAGAGCCUGGUACAGAAGACAGCUGACGGCUUCCGCUGCCUGGCCGACAUCGUGGUGGCCACACCCGGCCGCCUGGUGGACCACAUCGACCAAACCCCGGGAUUCAGCCUCCAGCACCUCCGCUUCCUGGUCAUCGACGAGGCUGACCGGAUGAUCGAUAGCAUGCACCAGUCCUGGCUGCCACGGGUGGUGGCGGCGGCCUUCCCCAGCGGGGGCACCAGGGGCCCCUCUGCUCUGCUGCAGAGAACGCAGCCCCAGGCUGUGACCGCAGCCAGCAUCUGCUGUCCCCAGACGCCACUGCAGAAACUGCUCUUCUCGGCCACCCUGACCCAGAACCCUGAAAAGCUGCAGCAGCUCGGCCUCUUCCAGCCCCGGCUCUUCUCCACGGGGGCGGUGCGCAGGGGCCUUGGAGCCCCUGACGUGGACGUGGAUGGGGACUUGGGUGGGAAGUACCUCUUCCCUGCGGGGCUCGCGCAUCACUACGUGCCCUGCAGCCUCCGCUCCAAGCCACUGGUCGUCCUGCACCUGAUCCUGGAAAUGAAGUUCUCAAGGGUCCUCUGUUUCACCAACUCCCGCGAGAACGCCCACAGGCUGUUCCUGCUCGUCCAGGCUUUCGGGGGAGUGGCCGUGGCCGAGUUCUCCUCUCGCUACGGGCCUGGUCAGAGGAAGAUGAUCUUGAAGCAGUUUGAGCAGGGGAAGAUUCAGCUCCUCGUCAGCACCGACGCCACGGCCCGCGGCAUCGAUGUGCAGGGUGUGCAGCUGGUGCUGAACUACGACGCCCCCCAGUACCUGCGGACUUACGUGCACCGGGUCGGCAGAACCGCCCGCGCUGGGAAGACCGGACAGGCCUUCACGCUGCUCCUCAAAGUGCAGGAGAGGCGAUUCCUCAGGAUGCUGGCCGAAGGCGGGGUGCCGGGGCUGCAGCGGCACGACACCCCCAGCGAGCUCCUGCAGCCGCUGGUCCCGCGGUACGAGGAGGCCUUGUCCCAGCUGGAGAGGGCGGUCAAGGAGGAGCAGAAGCAGAAGGCGGCCUAGGCCAGGGCUGUGGGUGGACCUGGAGGGGUCCGUCCCUUUCUGAUGGGGUUUCCACCUCCUUUCUGGAAACAUCUGAAUGCUGGCUGCUGGACUUGGGAGCAAAUCACAGGGAUUCCUCCUCGGAAAGGGCUCUGUCCCCAAGCUCGCCGCCUCAGCCACACCCCUGGACCCGUGCGUUCAUCGCCCCACCAGACCCGCCAGGGGACCGUUGAGGACGCACAAGGUCAGCCUCCACUCGGGGCUUUUCUGGAAAUGAGGCUUUAGUGAACCAGCUGAAACUGCCUCAGAACUGACUGGAUGGCGUCUGUCGUGUGUUUGGCUGAAAGGUGGGGUCUGGCCUCGGGGUAACUCUGGGUUCAGUGCUUCGGGGCAUGAGCCCCACUCCCGUGUGUGAGGUGGUGGUGCCAGGCCCCAGCUGGGGACCCGCUGGCCCUGGGCAGCCGACCCGGGAAGGAACUGUUCCUCACGAGGUGUCACAGAUCAGGACUGCACUGUGGUCACCGACGCUUUGCUUCACGACUUGUCACCGUGGGAGACAAGCUCGGAGUGAGAUGGGCUCCAUCACGUGAACAGAAAACGAGCUUCAGGGCGCUGACCACUGUCGGUGAGAAAGCCUCAUUUCCGAAACUCACGUGCUGGCGUUAAAACACACGUAGAAUCGGAGUCGACUGAGGUUCUUCGUCUCUGCCUGAAGGUGCAUCACCUGCGUCAGCAGAGUGACAGUCGACACACUGGCCCUCACGUCCUGUGUGCUGGCUGUCACCCGAGGGGACGCGUGGUGCAGGUGUGCGUCACGUGGGCGAGCCCUGGCACGCUGGGUGCGUGCCGGGGUCCAAGGCCUGGGGCCCUGAGGGACAGUGCAGGGCAGGGUUCGACGCUGAGAUGUGCGUGUUCAGGAUUCCCAGCUCCAGGUACUUACCUGCGAGGGGCACUGCUGAGGGGGCUCUGGGCGCCACCACCCUGCGCGGCACAGCCUGGAACAGUGUGGGAAGAACUGGAAGGGCAGGUGCAGAGAGUGAGUGGCUCGACCCCCUCGCUGGCACACGGGUGCGGGUGGCCUCAGCUGUGUGUGGGUCCCAGACCCAUCCUCAAGUUACUGUAACUGUGGUUCUGGUGUGAAAGGAGAAUGUCUCGAUGCAGCUGUGAGGUGCACUUGUGUAAGUAUAGGCCAUGCCACCCACUUCCACAACAGGUAAUGAAGCCCGGGAACUUUUACCUCGUCGUUAACAGCUUCAGGCUCCUCCAGGGCCCAGUCACUCUGCCUCAGGUAAGCUCGUAACGGGGCAGAGUGUUUCUUAAAAGCUAAGCCAGCCAUCACGUUCCCUCGAAGGUGCUGCAGGAGAGUAUUUCUCUAAUCCUGGGAGAGUGAAAACUUCCCUGAUAAGCACGACAGGAAACCCAGAUGCCACAAAGGAAAACACGAAGGUCAAAACACAAAACAGUCGGGGAAGGUAUGUGCGGGAUGUGACUUACAGCCUCAGAGGGGCACCACCUCUAACAGCGAAGAGCUCCUCCCAGCCAGUCAGAAAGCAGCUUACAGGGAAACGGGGAGGAACAGGCGGCCUCUGCAGGGGCGGGAAGCCCUGCCACCGGCUCGCUCGGCUGGCGAAGCUUCACACAGCAGAGGCCCCUGCGCGUGGCCGAGAGGAAUGUAAGCGGCUGUAACUUCCUGGGAAAUACCCUGUCAACACCGACUAAGAUUUUAAAUGUACACGUCCCCUGACCCAUUCUCCCAAUUUAGUUCCCACUAAUGGGAAUCUAGCCUACAGAAGGCAAGUACCGGGAACCACAUGUAAAAAUGCUCAUGACUCGCAGCAGCAGAAGUCGGGCACAAAGUGAAACCCGUCUGUGGGGAAUAAUCGAAUAAACACGGUAUCUGCUCACUGUGGACACUGUGGACAAUUAUGCAGCUGUAAAAAUAUUGUGUGUUUUUUUUUUAAAUCUAUCUCCUGACUUGAGUAGACGUUGAAGACCUAUUGCUAAGUGAAGAGGGAAAAAAAGUGGGGUUGGGGGUGGGGUAAAUGGGACUGAGGAGGCCAGGAGAGAAAGGAAUUCUUAUUUUUCUGUGUUGUUUGAAUUCUUAUGAGGAUGUAUUUUAUAAUAUUUAAAAACUAAUUUGAAAAUAUGCCAAUUUCAAGGUACAAAAAAAUUUACUUUGGCAAAUCAAAGUUUUCCUGACUAUCUUGAGAUCUGAAGAAGUCAAAGAAAUUAGCCAGUAGCAGGGCGGGGAGCACAGCUCAGUGGUAGAGCAGGGACUCGGCGUGAAUGAGGUCCUGGGUUCAAUUCCCAGUGCCUCCAUUAAGGGGAAAAAAGCCAGAAACGAGUAUGUAACCUCUGGCAGUUGCGAUGAAA